CAAUUGCGCCCUGUUAUUCCCCAGCCUCACCACUUAAGAUCCGUUGCCUUUCUCCUUUAUUCAAAUCCGAGACUCCUUGUGAGCCUAGACCCCUCUCUUUGUGGCUCUCUUCCUCUUUCCCUACUUAGGUUGUUGGCACUCUGACCUUGCUAUUUUGGCUCCCUAGGAGGUAUGGAUAAACGCCCUCGGAAGCAGGCCCGGACUUGCGGUUAUGACUCAGAAGAAGUUAGCAGCGAAGAGUGGGAGUUCAUCAACAUGACCGAACAAGAAGAGGACCUCGUCUAUAGAAUGUAUAGGCUUGUGGGUGACAGGUGGGAUUUGAUAGCAGGCAGGAUCCCUGGCCGGAAACCAGAAGAGAUAGAGAGGUUCUGGAUAAUGAGGCAUGGAGAAGCAUUUGCUGAGAAGAGAAACGGUAAAAGACGUCUAGCAGAAGUGCAGUUAAGCGAUUAGGAUGAGGCUGAAAUGUACCUUUACCCCUUCCUGCUUUUUUAGUUUCGCUAAACUAUGUGUUAUUUUUCAGAGAGAGUGUGUAUAUUUUUUUAUUUUAUUAAUUCAGUCCCGAGGGAAGGGUAUGUGUCUCCUUUGCGAA